UCGAUCAAGAAACCAUGGAGGGGCCAGAGAGAGGCGGAAGCUUCAGAAAAAAGGCUAGUCUUGGAUAUUUUGAGUGGACCGAAAACGAUGAAAUCAAAAAACAGAUCGCUGACAAUGUUUGGGUUCUUGUACUUCACUACGACUUUAAAAAUUCUAAGGAUAAAGAUGAUAUUCGACAUGGUGACACGGAAGACGUGACAAACCUGAGGAAUACUUUUGAGAAGAAUCGAAAUUGCAAAUUCAAAAGUUUUUUGUCGAUGAAAAGAGAUAUUUUGCUUAGGAUGCUAUCAGACGAUAAUAAUGCGCUUUUCCGCAUUUUCGAAUCCAAAGAUGAUGUGCCGUCGGUUUUUCUGAUUUACUUCCUCUCUCAUGGCCAUAUUGAGGGAGAAAUUUAUACAGACCACUAUGAGGACGAGAACUCGGAUAAAUAUAUUUCCUUCACAACCACUGAGGUUUUUGAGUCUUUGAGUAAAUUGACCAGGUUCGAAAAAUGCCUGAAAAUUGUAAAUUUUGGUCCGUGCCGGGGUAAACUGUUUGACAAAACGUUCAGCCCAGAACAAACUUUUCAGGAUUUUAACAACCGAAAUUCGUGUCAAAUUACGAGCUUUCCUCAAAUGCGCAACUUGGUGGUUUUCUAUGCAACGGUUGAGACUAUCCGGGCGAUGCGUGACAAAGAAGUUGGAACUACAUUUGUACGCCAUAUUUGCCAAGUCCUAAACUCUAUGGAGAAAAGUGAACUUCUGAUAAAUGUAUUGACUUUAAUUCAGUCUAAAAUCCACGGCUCUUUCAACGGCAUAGAUAUGAAAAAUAUCAUCCGCCAGACACCGGAAAUUAAAUUUUUCGGCCUAGACAGCAAGUUUAUAAUAUCUUCUGGAAGAACUUCAAGUACCACCAACGACUCGUCAUCCUCUGAUUCGACAGGAUCGAUAAAACCAGGAAUACCUGCGGCCAUGAAAGGGCCUGCAGAAAUUUAUCCGUGGAAAUCUCGUUCAGGACAAUACAUGCGACGACGCCUUGCCUUUAUUUUCUACUCAAUGGCUGACGAUGGUGUCACUUUAAUCAAUAACGCCCUGUCUCAAAAUCUGAAUUUUGAAACUGAUAUGGAGGUAUUGAGCAAAGAAACACUGGAGCUGUACUGCGAAGAUGCGUCUAAGGUGGACUCUAACGUUGGCUGCGUUUUAACUUGCGUGUUUGGUCGGUUGAGCGAAAACCCAGAACAAAAAGAGAUGUGCGUGCUAAUGGACCAAACUGAGGUUGCAGUCACGGACAUUGUGCACAGCUUUAUCGGCCCAGCAAACGACAAGUGGAUAGGGAAGCCAAAAAUUUUCAUAUUCGUUGAUCAGGAAGCAUCACCAAAGGGCGACAAUGCAAGUGAUUUUUCAUAUAAUUAUUUUAGACUGUUAUUUACCACUUUAGGCGUUUUUGUAAUUACAAUUUUUUAUAAAAUUAUGAAAAUUUUAAAAAAUCACACUAGAAAAAUUGAUUUUAGAUUUCGCCCCAGGACGUAUAUGACAUCCAAGCUACCAACCACAGUGGCUGGCUUGUUCUAGUGUUGCGCAGCAGAGAUAAGCUCCAGGCAUUGAUCGAAAUCUUCCAGAGCCAGGAGCUGAAAGGAGAAAAAUGUCUACAAGAAAUGCUAGCAACUUGUCUGCUGGUUUCUAAUUCAAGGGAUAUGCUUAACUCAACUCUUCCUUACCAUCUCUAUUUCCCUGAUGUUCCGAGACCUUUCGUAACACCUCAAUUUUCAGUAAAAAGAUCUGAAGAUCCUUUGGACACUUUGGACUUUGAAAAAUUAUUCGAAGAGGUGAAAGGCGCAUUGAAUGAGACUCGAGUUUGGAUUUUGAGUUCUGGUGCUGGCUCAGGAAAAACAACGGUGAUGAAGGAAAUCCAAUAUCAACUCGGGAAAUCGAAUCCUGAUGUCAAAAUGCUGUUUGUAUCGCUUCCUAGUGUUGGACAACUGGACACAGCAAAAUUCCUUGAAGAGAAAGCUGCACAUUUGAAAGGAUCCAACAAACGCAUCGUUUUCCUCGACGCUUUCAACGAAAUCAGUACUGAUAAUCAUGGAAAGGUACUUAAAUUGAUAGAAGCUUUGAAAGAAAACAAAAUUUCCGUUUGGAUCGCAACGAGACCUCACGAAGCGAGUGUAAUUUUGAGAGCUGUUUCGAAUUCCAUUUUGGUAAGCAUCAAGCCUUUUGACAAGAAAAAUCAGGUCGAGUUCGUGAGCCUGGAAACUAACGAAAGUGACAAGGACUGCGAAUCAUUUAUAGAGACUUUUCCAAUCAAGGAUAUUUUGGAAAAUCCAUUGCACCUUUCGUUGGUCAUUAAUAGCGGAGGCAAUUUGUAUCAAAUCUACGACAAAGUGGUACGGCGAAAAGUGGAAAUGUGUUUAGUUCAGAAAGGAUAUGACAAGAACAAUGAAAUCCUUUUUCAGAAUAAAGUAGAUUCUUCUAUGAAACUACUCGAAAGAAUAGCUUUCCAAUGCUUAAACGGGGCCGAUCCUAUAAGGAGCAAACAAGAUUUGGAAAAAUUAUACAGCUUCGGUGUUGCCAACUUAGAAAACGAUAGACUCAAAUUUGUGCACGAGUCAUUCGCUGGAUUUUUCACUGCCAAGAAAUACCUGCACGAUGUCGAAGAGAAUGGCACGUCUGAUCUACAAUUGUUUGACGAAGACUUGAAACUCCAGGCUCAGGGAUCACCAAAACCAUGUGAACUACGGAGAAUUGCAGCAAGCUGCAGAAAAUUCGUGGACUUGUUCUACGCCACUGCAUCAAAUGAAAGGAAAAAUAUAAAAAAACACAGAAAAUUAGUCCAGAAGGCCUGUAAAUCCGAUGCAAAUAAAUUUACGCACGUUGUCAUAGCUGAAGACUUGAAACACAUAUUUAAUAUGUUGAAAAUAUUCACACCACCUUACGUGAAAGUCGAGGGCAAGCCUGUGAAAAUUACAGAGAAAUUGUGUUCCUGUUUCUGAAAUUGCUUUGGCAGAACUAAUACACGGCAAUUAUUGGAAAGACAAAAACAAUAUUGUUAGCUUGAUAAGCUUUGCAUCGACAGCGAACGCAGAAAUAGAGUACAACGCUGACGAUGCAAAUACAACCGAUUGAUGGUGAAAAAACUGUAAAUAAUUUUCUAAAACUUCCAGUAAGUGUUACAAAGAGAUAUAAUCAUGAGAAAAAUAGCUUUUAUGUUUGAAUCGAUUCUUUUGCAACACAUUUUUUUCUUGUAAUGACACGCAAAGACUCUUUUGUGUUUGCACUUUUUAGUUGGGUGACAGUUGCGAUCAUAGCAGGGUGAAUUAUAGCACCAAUCGCGUUAAUUACUCAAAUUGGCUAGACCUGUAAGAAUUUAAAUCUGUCAUAAUAAUAAAUAUGCACUUUAUAAAAUAAGA